GGAGGCCGGGAGCCCGGGACAGCGUACUUUUAUAUCCCAUCGCGGCAUCGCGCGCCGCAAUACUCACUCUCUGCAUGUAACAGCAACACACUAAUCGCACGCUGCUCCUCUCGAUCGCAUCGCAGGAAACAGAUCGAUCAGCUGCUCCCAGACCGGCGAUCGGCCGCCGCCGCCAUGAUAUCGUGGCACGAGCUGUACAUGGUGCUGUCGGCGGUGGUGCCGCUGUACGUGGCGAUGAUGGUGGCGUACGGCUCCGUGCGGUGGUGGGGCGUCCUCACGCCGGAGCAGUGCUCCGGCAUCAACCGCUUCGUCGCCGUCAUCGCCGUCCCGCUCCUCUCCUUCCACUUCAUCUCCUCCAGCGACCCCUACGCCAUGAACCUCCGCUUCGUCGCCGCCGACACCCUGCAGAAGGUGCUCGUCCUCGCCGCGCUCGCCGCGUGGUCGCGCUUCCCCGCGCGCUUCGUCCCCCCGGCGUGGCCGCCGCUCGACUGCUCCAUCACGCUCUUCUCCGUCUCCACCCUCCCCAACACGCUCGUCAUGGGGAUCCCGCUCCUCGUCUCCAUGUACGGCCCUUACUCCGGCGACCUCAUGGUCCAGAUCGUCGUGCUCCAGUCCAUCGUCUGGUACACGCUCCUGCUCUUCCUCUUCGAGUUCCGCGCCGCGCGGGUGCUCAUCGCGGCGCAGUUCCCGGACACCGCGGCGUCCAUCGCCGCCGUGCACGUCGACCCGGACGUGGUGUCGCUCGAGGGCAGCCAGGCGGAGGCGCACGCCGAGGUGGCGCCCGACGGGAGGCUGCGCAUGGUCGUGUGCCGCUCGUCGGUGUCGAGGCGGUCCGCCGCCGCCGCCGCCACGCCGCGCGCGUCGAACCUGACCGGCGUGGAGAUCUACUCGAUCAGCUCGUCGCGGAACGCCACCCCGAGGGGCUCCACCUUCACCCUCGCCGACAUCCCUGGUCACCAGCCGCCCAACAGCGCGCUGCGCGCGUCCAGCUUCGGCGCCGCGGACCUCUUCUCGCUGCACUCUUCGUCGAGGCAGCACACCCCGAGGCCGUCCAGCUUCGACGAGCACGCGGCGGCGCGGGCCAGAGCAUCCGCGACCGUGGCUCCCACCAAUGACCUCAAGGACACGCACAUGAUCGAGUGGAGCUCCGGCGCUUCCGCCGCGUCGGAGGUCACCGGCCUGCCGGUGUUCCGCAGCGGCCGGGAGACGCGCCGGCUUGUCCCCUCCGACGCGCCAUCCAUUGCCUCGUCGAGAGUUAUCCGACCGCCGCCGGGAGCGACGGGCGGGGAGCGCGCGGCGAGCUUCAACAAGGCCGUGGGCGGGCAGGACGAGCUAGCGAAGCUGGAGGCCGGCGCCAAGACGGAGCAGCAGACGACGGCGGUGACUACGACGACGAAGGGCGGCGGCGCAGCGGGCGCGGAGCGGGCGAGAGGGCAGCAGAACGCGCCGGCCGGCGUGAUGCUGCGGCUCAUCCUCACUACGGUUUGGCGCCGGCUGAUCCGGAACCCCAACACGUACGCCAGCCUCAUCGGCCUCACCUGGUCGCUCAUCGCGUUCCGGUUCCACAUCACGAUGCCAAUCAUAGUAGCCAAAUCAAUCUCCAUUCUCUCCGAUGCAGGGUUAGGCAUGGCCAUGUUUAGCUUAGGAUUGUUCAUGGCCACGCAGCCGAAGAUCAUCGCCUGCGGCUACUCCGUCGCGGCGGCCAGCAUGGGCGUCCGCUUCUUCUUCGGCCCCGCCAUCAUGGCCGCCGCGUCCGCCGCCGUCGGCAUCCGAGGCACGCUCUUGCGUAUCGCCAUUGUUCAGGCCGCCCUGCCACAAGGAAUUGUGCCAUUUGUGUUCGCUAAGGAAUACAACCUCCACGCUACCAUCCUUUGCACUUUGGUCAUAUUUGGCAUGCUAAUAGCUCUCCCCAUCACCUUGGUCUACUAUAUUAUUCUUGGGCUACUAUGAACUGAUCAGGAACGGUAGUACAAAAUCUUACACAUGGCAAAGAUCCGGAUGGUGCAGAACCGUGGAUGGACGACACAUGUUCUAACUUGCAGCUGCUAACUUAGCAUUGCUCAAUGGAACUCCUUGGCUGAGAGCGGUAGAUUUGAAGAGCUUACCAUCUGAUUGUUGCCGACUGCUGGACCAAUGGAAUAACUUAAGCGAAAACAACAGCUGAAUCAAUGUUUUUUUUUUGACUGAGCUGAAUCAAUGUUUUAGUUGUUCACUGCACAUAUCUCUUUCCGUGUUCUUCUGAUUCGAUCCUUGCAGACCUUUUUUUUUUUUUGGCCAUUUGUAGUCUCGACUCUCAACAGAGGAUUUUUGUAACUAGGGAUUCCCCGCGCUUUGCUUCGGGAAUUACUAAGUAAUUUUCAAUAUUAUUUUUUCGUUACAAUUCAGCUAGGAGUAAAAAGAAAAAAAAAUAAU